GUGCGGAAGCAUAGAAUGAAUAGGGGUGAUCAGGAAGUGCGAACCCAGAUUGGAAGAAGGACAGAACCAGGACCGGCGAUCUUGGGAAGGUGACAGGGCUUGAGCUAACGUCUGGACAUGUGGAAUCCUAACGCUGGGCCAAAUCCAUUUCCGCCCCAAGUUGUGUGCCCAGGAGGUUCCAAUCCUGCCUGUCCACCACCUCUCAAUCCUGCCUUUCCCCCUGGCCCCUGUCCUCCUGGAAUUCCCCAUGGAAACCCAGCUUUCCCUCCAUGUCGUCCCCCUUACCCUGUACCACGACCAGGGUGUCCAGGAUACCAACCCUCAGGUCCCUACCCGCCCCCAUACCCACCACCCGGUCCUGGCAUGUGCCCCAUGAAUCCUCCGGCUCCUGGCAUGGUAGGCCCAGGAAUGGUGAUAGACAAGAAGACGAAGAAGAAAAUGAAGAAAUCUCAUAAGAAGUCGCACAAACAUCACAAGCAUGGAAAGCACUCCUCCUCCUCCUCCUCUUCCUCCUCUUCCAGCAGUGACUCUGACUGAUCGCAGGGCCUGGAGCCUCCUCCCCCUCAAGCCUCACCAGCUCCACUCUCCCACCAUGCUUCAGCUGCCAUGUUAUACUGAGGGGAAUUAUCCCUCUGCUCCCUGCCCCACUCCUACCUGUGCCUUACCCCGCUGUUCGGUCCUAGAUGUCUAGGGAGAAUGGGAAGACGAUUGCCAAGGGCUAGCAAAAGCUGUCUUCUGUCUUCAAAAGAGGAACUGUCUUUUGGAGAUGGUGAGACCUCUGAGCUAAAUGAGAAGUACCAUUUUAAGAUCUGCACCAUGUGAUUUUUUUUUCCACUUUCUUUUGUAAUACUUGUGACUUGGGUUUGUGACAGUCUGUGAUGAAAAGCCUGUACCUUUUGUGAUGGCGGCGCACGUGAGUGAUUUAGUGGCAACUGUUAUUUCCCGCAGGCUUUACUGAUCGCAGUAACUGUCGAGUUGCUGGGAGAUGCAGUCCCUUUGCUUGAUGAGCUUUUUUGGAACCUGACUUAUUCCUUAGUUCAGUAUGUUAUCUCAGAUGCCUUUAAGUCCAAAUAAAAGCUACUCUCCCAGCAGA